GCCGUUUUACGAUAGUUUAUUUGACAAAAUGAAGGCAGGAGUGAUUGAACUAGGCUCGGGUUCGACUCCGAAAACCAAUGCAAGUCGAGGUGUUUCAAUACUCGAUUUUAUCUUGAGGAUUGCUGCGGUGAUUGCGACCUUGGGGAGUGCUAUUGCAAUGGGAACAACUAAUGAAUCACUUCCCUUUUUCACGCAAUUCAUUCGAUUCCGCGCCAAAUAUGAUGAUCUUCCAAUGUUUACGUUUUUCGUGGUGGCCAAUGCCAUCGUGAGUGUGUAUCUACUUCUUUCUCUUGCACUCUCCAUUUUCCACAUAAUAAGGAGUAAAGCACAAGUCAGCAGGAUUGUCUUGAUUUUCUUGGACACGGGAAUGCUGGCGCUUUUAACUGCUGCAGCAUCUGCAGCAGCGGCAAUCGUAUACUUAGCACACAAAGGAAAUACGCAGGCAAAUUGGUUUGCUAUUUGUCGACAAUUUAACUCUUUCUGUGAAAGGAUUUCUGGCUCUUUGAUUGGAUCAUUUGGAGGGAUUCUUCUGUUUGUUCUCUUGAUCUUGCUCUCUGCUGUAACUCUCUCUCGGCGUUGAUGUGCGCCGUAUGCACCGGAUUAUUUUUUACACUAUUUCAAGAAUUGUUGCUAUGGAUUAUCGGUUAAGUGCUGUGUCUGGUUUGUGUUUGUGAGAAGAGCGUGUGCUUAUUAGUUACCCUUUCUGAUUAUCCCUAUAUCUUACUAUAUAUAUCUUGUGACUCUUAUUGUACUUAUAUGUACCUUUUCAUUUUAAAAAAAUAUGUAAUGGGCAAAAAUGUAAUGAAUUAAUUGUUGUAUUUCAUGAUAUUUUCGAAGAA